UCAACGUGAAGAAAUUUUGAAGCACAAUACACUUCGUAAUUGUAAAAAGAAACUCGCAGUGACAGUGAAACUGUGUGAUAUUCCAUCAAAAACCACGGGUGAUGAAUUCAUACCAAUUGAACACGUUUUAGACGCUCACAAUAAACGCAUAAGGCUCUUAAACCCGUACAUAUUACGUCUACGGAGGGAAAAUCCUUCUCAAUUGUAUAAAAUUCGGAAAAUGGAAAUCGUAACGGGAGUAUUCGGUGCCAAUAUUCAAAAGGGUAGUCGAAGUCAUUUACUCCAUAAGCAAUAUUCCGAGGAUACAACGUCUACAAAGUAUGACACUCUAGAUAAUAGUGAUGUAUAUCAUAUGGAUACAAGCAAUGCUUUCUCAGAUGACAGUGCUCAGAUGGCAUAUUUUGAAAAUACCGAACACCAUUUUGUCAUACCUGACAAAGGCAAAAUAUUGUUUCAAGACGCCACAGAAUCGAAUCAUAAUGGGAAAAACAAAUUAAAUAACUUAACCAACGACAAUCAAUAUGUUUUAUAUGAAAUUGGAAAUGCCGAACUUUGGUACAAAUCUCAAAUAGAAGUCUUCGAGAAGAUGACACUGGAAAGCAAAAUAAUGUGGAAUGAUUUGACUAAACGCGAAAUCGCAAGUGUGAGUAGUUUAGAUCCUUUAUGGAAAAACCAAGAUAUGAGUGUAAGUUACCUUACCAAUGAUGUCGUGAAGAGAGAAGAUUUCGACUUGCCCUCAGGUGGCUUGUGUUUAGUCCUACCAUUAAACUAUGCGCGGGAAAAUUUACUUCCAAAAGAUAUAAAUAUUAAUAAUAAUGGUGAAUUCAUAAUAGUGCCAAUCAGUGAUGUUAUUGUUGUCAAAUCAAAACAAGAAGGUUUGAAAGACUUAAAUCUCACAGAAAUUAAAAGAAAACAGCGUGACGUGGUUAUAGAAACCGCUAGAACGUUGAUGAUUGGCAAUAUGGCGGAUCUUAACAUAAUGCAGCAUGGAGAUGAAGGAUUUUUGAAAUUACCACUAAAAACCGGUCAUUGCACGCAAAUGGAUUUGGAAGUCAAGGCCGAUGAGAACAAACUCAUAAUUCCAGGGUCUUCCGCAAGAUUGACAUCUGUUGUGUCUGACACCCGUGAUGCGCGAUCUUUAAUCAACCUGCAAGUGACAAAUACAGGAUUAGCUCCAGCAUUUUUCAGUUGCAUUGAUCAAUGGAGACGGAGUAGCGGUCGCAACAAGAGAUGUGGCUAUUAAGAAGAAUGA